GCCGCCGGCGUAAACAACACGGCUGAAGAAGAAGAGGAGGAGACAGUGCGUGUGCCUCUUGUCAGUGCUUUUUGGGCCUUGUUUUGUGGUUUUAAGGCGUAUUGGCGCGGUGUGUAGUGCUGACUGGAGGCUGUGAGUGCCGCUGAGUGCUGAGCGCGGGGACACAGCCGCCAGGGACCAGUGCCGAGGGAGGACAGGACGGGAGGCGGCGAGGGAGCAGGGACAGGCGGGCGAGGAGCUGCAUGAGGACAAUCCCGUCAGGAUGCAUAUUGCUGUUGAAGGUUGCUCUCAUGGAGAACUAGACACCAUCUACAAUGCCAUCCAGCGACUGGAGCAGAUGCAUGGCUUCAAGGUGGACCUCCUGCUUUGCUGCGGAGACUUUCAGUCUGUGCGGAAUGAGCAGGACCUCAAGUGUAUGGCCUGUCCAGUCAAGUAUAUGAGUAUGCAUGACUUCUACAGGUACCAUUCAGGUGAGAAGAAAGCCCCUGUCAUGACCAUUUUCAUCGGGGGCAACCACGAGGCCUCCAACUACCUGCAGGAGCUUCCCUAUGGUGGGUGGGUGGCCCCUAACAUUUACUACAUGGGGUAUGCCGGAGUGGUCAGAUAUGGAGGGCUGCGCAUUGGGGGCCUGUCAGGGAUAUAUAAGGGCCCAGACUACCUCAAGGGCCACUAUGAAAAGACACCUUAUUCCGAGGAUUCAAUACGCAGUGUUUAUCAUGUGCGAAACCUUGAGGUCUUUAGGCUGAAGCAGCUGUCUGGGGACCACGACAUCUUCAUGACCCACGACUGGCCGCGGGGCAUCUACCACCACGGCCCCAAGGAGAGGCUCAUGAGGUUCAAGAAGCACUUCCGCUCUGAGAUAGAGAACAGCACCCUGGGCUCCCGGGCAGCAGAGGAACUGCUUAAUAAGUUGCAACCCAAGUUCUGGUUCUCUGGUCACCUCCACGUCAAGUUCCCAGCCGUCCUGCAGCACAAGGAUGAAAAUACUCAGAGUAUCAAGGUCACAAAAUUCUUAGCACUUGACAAGUGCCUCCCUCGGCGAGACUUCCUCCAGGUGAUUGAGGUUCCAAGCACCGAGCCACUUGAGCUAAGUUAUGACGCAGAAUGGCUGACAAUCCUCCGUCUUACCAACCACCUUCUCUCUGUUAGUGACAAGACAGUCUACAUGCCAGGCCCAGGCAGUUCUGAGAGGUACCGGUUUACCCCGACCCAAGCAGAAAUCAGCGAAACAGUACAGAAGCUUGCUGGUAACCUCAGGAUACCCCUUAACUUCACCCCAACGGCCGAGUCUUAUCAGGAUUCGCGUGGCAAGCCAAGAAUGGAGCUGGUUCACAUGCCGACGCCUUACCUCAACCCCCAGACCACGACGCUGUGUGAAAGGCUCUCGGUUGACGAUCCACUCUCCCUCCUCCUCAGCGACAAGCAGAGGGCCCUUGCCUCCCCUAGGGUCAGUCUCGCCACCACAUCUCCCAACAUCAAUGACUCAGAGCUCAACAUCACCAUGGAGACCUCAAAGCUGUCCACCAAUCCUGAUGAUGUGGAGCUGAGUGAUGAGGAUAACCACGACAUUGUAAUGGAGAUGAAGUUCAGCCCUGACUCCCCCAACAACCCAGAGUACGUGCUGAGCCCCAUCAGGCGGGACAACAGCGCUGCGUCGGACAGCCCUCAGCCCUUCACCAGCUCACCCGUUCAUAGCAGUGAGACAAGGCCGGGGUUGGUCCUAUCCAAUCCCAAGGUGGCUGAGUCGACGAGCAGCGAGAUGUCAGGGAAGGCCUACACCUGCGACUCCUCCUCCACCACCUCCUCCUUAAGUGAGAGCGAGUCCAGUCCACGCAGGAGUCCGCAGACAAAGAGACUCAACGAUGAAAGGGAAGGAGUGCAGUCAGAAGCUUGCUCCACCUCCACCUCCUCCACUUCAUCAGACUCCAACAAGAUCAAGAAGUUCAAGAGGCGCAACCAAGCCAUGUACUCGUCAGCGGAGGAGGACCUAUAAUAGUUUCCGAAGCAAAGGUGUAGAGUUGAGGCAGGCUAGAAAAGAAAAGUUCAAAACGUUUUCUCGUGUUUAUUUUCAGUGUGUGUUUAAAAUGACACUUUUUUUUUUUGCACUGUCAAAGAAGGGUGAGAAUAUAUGGGGAAGGGUGGGUUGGGUUGGAGUGACUGACUGUCUGUUUAUCUGUCUGUCUGUCUGUCUGCUUGUUAGGUAGUGUGCCUCCUGACUUUUGUACUAUGAUGACUGGCUGCUGUUAAUGUGUGAUGCAGAGUGUUUAAUUGAGAAGAAAUUUGUUGCAGCUGUGCAUGGUGUUGAAGUGUGAGUGGAGUGUGUUGCGUUGUUACAGCGUUGGGUGGCGGCUGUAGUGUCAGCAGAGGGAGGCAGCUGCAGAGCUCCUCCUCUGUGGAUUUCUGGUACAAAGUGUGUAACAUUUGUCUAAUAUUCUUGCACCUGAACUUUCCAUGCUAUAAGAUUAUUGUUGGAAAAAUAAGAUAUUUUAUUACUUGCUUUGAUGCCAUGAACCUCCUUCAUCCAAGUCAGUAUUGAGCAUUUUUGCCAAAAUUUUGGACAAAAUUUACAAAAAGACAUAUCUACUCAGGAGUUGAUGGACAGCGCACAAGCCUGGAUGUUGUUUUAGCAAAACUUAGGGUUACUGGAAUACAUGUUUUGUGUUGUGGGCUUACCUAUUGGCAGCAGAAGGGAAGGAGCAGCGGGAGUUAAGAACGUGAAUUUAAAAAAUCUGAAGUGCAAUGUUAACUACAGUUCAUACUGUCUUCACUUUUAUUCAUGACAGUGCAUAGCACUAUGCAUGAAACUUGAGUUACCUUAGGUUACAUGUUAAUUGCUCAAGUUCUUAAAGUUUUAUUAUUGGGUACUUGUUAUUUUACAUCAUGAAACUUUAUAAUAAUUUAAAAAGGUAAUAUAUUAUGAUCACUGAGAAAUGUCUGGUAAUCCUUUUUUAUAUGCAUAUUUCAUAUGCUUUCUGUAAACAUGUAAACAUGGAAAAUCUAUAUUACAAGGAGUUUCUUA